GGGAAAUAAUAUGUAACAAGAGGACGGAAAACAAAAUAAGUUCGGAGUAGACAGUUAAGUUAUUGUUUUUUUUUGUACUUUAAUUAAUUGUUUGCAUUAAUAGCGGUAUCUUUCGCGAACUAUCACCUUUAGGUCUGCGGGAAUGAUUUCUAUUAAUGCCCCGUAAAAAAGCCUCAAAGACAGACAAGUCUCCCCUGCAGUUCGUGGAGCGGCCUGUGUGUGGAGCCAGACUCCAAAAUGUGCCUGAAGUCCGAGCAGCUCUUAAUCCCAGAGAGUUUUUCACAGAGACACAGAGCGGCUCAGCUCUUAAUUCAUGGGUGAGCCCACAGUUUGACAGUUCAGUUGCAGCUGCACCUCCAGUCAGACGAGGGAGGAGAAGAUGCCUCUCUGCAACAAGCAUCCUUCAAAGUUGCACUCAGCUGUCCAGGAAAACCAGUGUGUGCAAAUUCCCCCCGUUAUCGUUUCAGACAAGGUCAAGAGACCAUUCUCAUCAACCAAAGAGUAUACGCACAAAGAAAUCUACAGCGUCUACUGCUGUGUCUGAUGCUGGAAAUCAACCAUGCCAAAUCAGAAGGACAGUUUCAAGUGCGCAGUGCUUAGACACACCAAAGAGACAGACGACUACAAUCAGGAAACGCAAUGUGGAGAGAUUUUCUGACAGUGCUGCAUCCACCAGCAGAUGUUUGGACCAGCCUGAAACUCCAUUUAUUCAAGCGACGGAGAAAUGCAGAACUCCAGCAGACGGUGUUUCAACACCUGCUUCAAAUGAGUUCAUCACCACUGAGGUCAGCUGUGUCAGUCCGCCACCUGAUGUAGACACUCCAAAAGUAAUUCAAGAGGGGAGUAGCUGUCCCUCCGUCAGCUCUCUACACUUGCUACAAGCUCAACCGUGCACACCACCAUGUAAUGAGCCACCUGACAUUUUAGUGGCUGACACGCCAGAGAGGGAUUAUGGAGUGAAGGUGACAUGGAGGAGGAGGAGGGGUUUGAUGUUGUUGUUAAAAGAGAGGGGCCACCUCUCUGAUGCAGAUGCGCUAAUUCACAGCUAAUGUAGAGAUUUGGUGAGAAGAGGAUCAGAGAAGAGACAUCGGCUAUAAUUGGACCACUUCUGUGACCUGAAAUCUGUCUAUGAACUAUUUUUAUUGCACUGAACAGAGCUGCUGCGUUUUAAAGUUCACUGACUUCAUAAUGAUAAGACGAGGAUGUUAUCAUUAUUGAAUCGAAAAAUCAAAUCAAUUAACUGACACGUCUCAAUAUCCAAAUCCCAAUCCUUUUACAUCUCAUAAUUUAUUUUGACCGGUCCUAAUUAUACUGUACUGUUUGUUACAGAUUAUGCUGCAAAUCAAAGGCAGUCUUUUUAUUCACAUCUAAAUCCUGACCUUUAGAUUUUUUUAAGGGAGCCUGGUACUGGGUCACAUAAUCUGACAGGUCAGAGACUUCUAUGUCACAGUUAUGCUUCAGCAUUUUAAUGGCAGAUAUAUGGAGAAAGGUCAUAGACUAAUUGAUAGAAUAAUAAUAACUGCAUAUCUUUGUCAGUGACAUGGAAUUUUGAGUCACCGUUGUAACAAAACCAAGGGUGCUGCUCUAAGAUCAUUUGAACACUGCUGUUGGGGAUUGUGAGCAAUGCUGUGUAACUUGUAAUGUAUUGCAUAAAAGAUGUGGAAUAAAUGUAUAUAAG